UAUAAUUAGUUAGUUAGGAAGGAUUCAAAAAUUGUAUAUAAGAGGUGACAAUGUGACAAUUAAAUCAGAAUGAAAUAAUUCUCACUCGAUGAAAGUUUAUAGUUACCCCCCACCAGUGUUUAUCAGUACGAAAAUGAGCGCCUUCAUUGGAUUAGACACGCUGAUUCUAACGCUUAUUAUUUUGCUACUCUCUGCCAGUUGGCGUUUGUAUCAAAAACGAAAAUUCUAUCGGAAUGUGACAUCGAAGCUGCCAACGCUUUACGGUAUUCCUUUUAUUGGACUAGCUUAUAAAUUUCUGGAUGUGAAAAAUGUCUUCCACAAAAUUGGUGUAGGCUUUGAUACUCUCAAAAAAUCAACCGGUUGCGCGUGGGUUGGCACAACGCCGUAUAUCAUGACCGUCGAUCCUGAGGUCAUCAAACAUGUCUACUCAUCGCCUGAAUUCCUCGAGAAAGCCGAAGAUGUGUAUACACAAUUUCAGAACGGUUUAAUCAGUGGACUCAUCGUUAGUCCAGGAAAGAAAUGGAAAGCGGAUCGCAAGGCUAUAAGCCCCUUCCUAGCACAUAAGAAUUUAAUUCAAUUAAUCCCAUACUUUAAUGAAAAUGCUAAUAAUGUAAAGAAUGAACUAGCAGGCCUGGCUGAACGAGGUGAACAGGAUAUUUUUACAAUUAUCAAAAAAUGCGGUUUACAAUUGAGCCUUUUAACUAUUAUGGGUAUAGAAGUGGAGGAAGGCAGUGAAAAGUAUAGCAACAUUUUGAAGGCAUUCAAUGACUAUCUCGAUCACAUGACAGUGGACCUUUUGCUUGGUUGGGUGGGCCUACGUUUUCUAGCCCAUACACCGCAUUAUAAAAGGGUUAUAAAAUACCUACAUAACCUGGUACGAUCACUGAUUAAAAAAAGCCUUGCACGAAAAGUUGAGCCAGAGGACAUGAACAAUUUCGUAGAGGACAAACAAAUGUUGAUUGAAUUAGCGCUGAAGGCUAUGCGUCAAGGGGUAUUUACUGAAAAGGAUGUGGAAAUCGAGUGUUUCACAAUGAUUGCUGCGUCUUACGACACUUCCGUUACUGCAACAUACACAGCCAUAGUGGCGUUGGCAAUGCAUCCCGAUAUACAGGAACGUGUUUUCCAAGAGAUUCGAUCCGUAUUUCCGGACGGAAUUACAUCCAUAGAAUAUGACGAUCUCAAGAAACUUCCCUAUUUUGAUAUGUUUAUAGCGGAAACAUUGCGUUUAACACCGCCAGUACCCUAUAUCGGACGACAAGCUUCACAAGACACCGAACUUUGUCCAGGCGUAACAAUACCCAAAGGUAUGCAAGUGGUUCUAUCAAUUUACGAAUUACACAGACGUAAGGAAAUUUGGGGCCCGGACUCAACUCGCUUCAAUCCGGAUAACUUUUUGCCCGAAAACAUUGCAAAGCGUCAUCCGUAUUCGUACAUGCCCUUCUCGAAAGGCCCACGGAACUGUAUAGUAACUAAUUUUUUUGAUAGGCUUUCGUUAUGCGGAAAUCUCAUUACGUAUUAUAUUGAUACAUGCGGUGCGCAGUUUAAAAUUUUCUACCAAUUUUAAAUAUGAAGAUAUCGUUUAUAUGCCAAACGUAACAUUGGGUUAUCAUAUCCAACCACGAGUAAGCAUAGAGGUCAGAUCAAACUAAAUUACUUGUAUUUAUAAUGUAUAGGGGGAGGGGGGGAAUAAAUUGUUUAUAAAAAGGAAAUGUGACUUUUGUGGGAGUAGAAUUCUCUGUAAGCUACAUUAUAUGUAUAAAAAACAAGUAUGUGCUUAAGUACACAAUAAAUAUUCUUGAUGAUUCUUAGUUCAGAUACAAAAAUUUAAAACCUUAAAAAGUAUCUCAAUUAAACGAUAUAUAUGAAAAUAAGAUGAACUCCUUGGUUAAGUUUUUAAAAUUUAUGUUUUUAUAUUAAAACGUGUUGGUUUGAUAUGGAACAGAAGAAAAUUUAAAA